AGGUCUGGUGGUCACCGUGUCCCAGCCGCGAAUGCCCUGAGGAGCCGGAGCUUGAUUUGGCUGUGAGUCAAUGUGUGGAUUAUUGUCUGUUACAAGAGCAGCAACAGCAACAAACAAAUUUGCCAGCGAAGCCUUCGUUAUAUGGUCCAUCGCCCGAUUACUAUUCCACAACGCAACGCGCGCCAACAACUACACUAAGGACAACAACAAUGAGCGCAAUUUCAAGCACAGCAACAAUGGCAAUCACCGCUGAGUCACCAACACCAACACCGACACCAGUAUCAACAGCCACAGCCAUAGACGCAGCAACAUGGACAACAACGUGGAUGGAUCCAUCGUUAUCCGCGACUCCUACGUCUUCAUCUUCACCUACGCUUUCGCCUCCGACCCCGCCAUCAUUGGUGACAUCAAUAGUGCGCAGCACAACAACUAAAGCUGCUGAAACGGCAGCAGCAGCAGCGGCAGCCGCUCGUGCUGAGACAGCGGCAGCUGCGGCGGCCGCUUUUACAACACCCAGCUCAGUGGCCCGUUUCCAAGAUGUACUUAAUAUGUCAGCGACAAUGUUCCCGCCGGUGGUGACGUCUUCUUCGGCCUUGUCAGAGUUGGAGCAGGGAUGGAAUUUGGAAGCAGCAGGCGAACCGGGUAACGAUAGCGUCUACUACAACCCCAAGAGUUGGGUACAUUCCGAUGGCAGUGAUGCUGCCUAUUUUAUGCUUCAAAUGCAUCCAGAUUUGGCUGACCCCAUUGAGCAAUUGGGCAUGGAAAUCGAACCGGAUGACAAUGAGACAGUGACCGAUUUCAAGCAACGCUUCGGUGAGAAACGUCUGUGGGAGAUGCAAAUCAAUGUCACCGAUUUGGAUGAAUUGGAUCUACGUUGCGGCGGUUUGGUGCGUCGCUCCAAUAUGUCACAACUCACAAAUGAGACUGUCAACUGCAUGGUACAGCGUUGUAUAUUUACAAUGAAUGCACCGGAGAUUUGUCCACCGGAUUACAAAGAAUCAGAUGAUAGAGUUUUCUGGAUUUACUUCUUGUUGAGAUUCCUUGCCACCACAAUGCUGUCAGCUGGUGUCACCAUAAUGGAUCCCAUUGCGCUGACUAUGAUUGAGAAAUAUGGUGGCGAUUUUGGGCGUGAGCGGCUUUUCUCCAGCAUUGGCAUGGCCAUUUUUUCGCCAAUUACAGGCAUAAUGAUUGAUUAUUCUUCGCGUGGUCUUGGCUACACAGACUACUCGGCCGCUUUCUACACCUACGAUUUGUUGUUGGUUAUAUCGACAGUGUCAGUGUUAAUGAUGCCAUUGGGCGAUAAAUUGCCGGCGGAUAAUGUUUUUCGAGAUUUGUGGAAUCUACUCAAGAUGCCGCAUGUCAUUACAUUCAUCUUCUUCCUAUUUAUACUGGGCAACUUCUGGGGCUUUAUAGAGAGCUUCCUAUUUCUAUAUUUGAAAGAGUUGGGUGCACCAAAUUAUUUGCUUGGUAUCACCAUCACCGUGGGCACGGUAAGCAGUAUACCGUUCUUGUAUGGCGCUGAACGCAUUACCCGAAUCUUUGGACAUGUUAAUUUGAUUAUCAUUGCCUUCUUUUCGCAUGCGGGCCGUCUAGUGGGUUAUUCAUUCAUUGAAAAUGCUUGGUGGUGUUUUCCCUUCGAGGCAAUGGAAGCUCUCUCCUGCCAUUUGAUGUGGGUAGCUGCUGCUACCUAUUGCUCCAUCUUGGCGCCGAAGAGUCUGUUGGCUACAUUGAUUGGCGUGCUGGGCAUGGCACAUUUCAGUUUGGGUCGCGGUAGCGGUUCCUUUACCGGUGGUCUACUCAUCGGUCAAUUUGGUACACGCGAUGCCUUCCGUUAUAUGGGUCUGCUAGCCGUUGUGGGUGGCAUUGCCUAUGGUCUACUACAUUUGGCUUGGUUGCGUAAAUUCGAUCACAAUCUCGAUGAUUGCGAAGAGGAAGCAGAGGCGGUAGAGAAUGGUGAAACCGAGAAGCUAACCGAACCGGCGACAAAAGAGCAAGGCACAUCAAUGUCAUUGGAGCGUCUCAGCCUGAUGAUUAAGUACAAUCAAAUUGGCAGCUUGACAUCACUGCCGCGUGGAUCGAGGGCGGAUAUACACGACCAUUUGUCACAUCGCCGCAGCAGCUAUAAUGUUGAGUCGACACGCGUACCACGCCAUCACGGCAGUCACAUUGGCAGCGCUUCGAAAGUUGACAUUUUACGUUCAACGCUGGAUAUAAAUCACAAAUCCUCAAAUAAUUCUGUGUUGAGCAAAGCCGAUAACAAAACAUCAAAUCAAUCAUUAGGACGAAAUCGCGCCGACAGUGCGCCCAAAUUGAAUCACAGCAACAUGAAGAAUAUAUCACAGCCCACGCUAGAGGGUGUUGUGCUAGAGGGUGUUGAAUCGACUUUUUUCCCCAGUCGCAUGAAAAAGUAUCCGAGUGGUUUGUUAACUUCUAUACCAGCGAUGGAUUUAUCCGUUAUACCCAACACAAUACUGAUGGAUCAAGAUACUACCACAGUGAUACCCGAAGAAACCGAUCUAAGUAAUUCAAAGAUCACUGUCUCCAGUCAAGAUGAAGUUAAACAUCACCACGCUAAUGGCAAGCGAUCGAGUAUAUCUGAGGAUCGUAUGGAUAAGGAUGAUGCUACAUGAUUUGCAGUUAAAAAGCAUUGAACGCCACAUACAUACAUACAUACAUAGAUAAAUUUAUAUACAUAUGUAUAUAUGUAUGUAUAUGUGUAUGAAAAGAGUGAUAUUAAAUAAAUGCAAAGAAAAAUUUACAAAUAUUAAAUAAACGAAAAUUAGGCGACCAAUGCUGCAGCGCGCAUAAAACAUUUAUAAAAAUUUCAACAAAUAAGUUCCAUUUCCGUUUUUGUGUUUACAUGGCUAGAAAAAUAACAUACAAACAUACAUUUAUUCGUGUUAAACAGCAAAGUAUUUCUAAUUAUAAUUAAUAUUUGUUAGCUGUAAUGUUGAUUAUUUUAGCAAAGUUGAAUUGUUUUGUUUGAUUUAUCGUUUGUUAGUUUAAGCAACGAGAAUCGCUAGUAAUUACUUUUAUUUGAUAGAAAUUAUUUUAAUUUUACCAAUACAUAAUUCUAUUUCCAUAUACUUUUUGUUAUCUGUAUUGUAUGUGUAUAUGUAUUAUUUGCUAUUUUCAAAACCACUUCAAGCUAUUCCUCA